CAUAUCCGUCGCUAUAUCCGUCCCUAAUAACGACGGAAAGCAUUCCGUCGCCAUUUUCCGUCAUUGUUUUUGCAUUUUCUUGUACUGUAUCUCUCUCUCUUCCCCCCUCUCCUUUUUUUUCUUUUCUCAAGAUUUCCUUCUUCCCCACGGCCAAAUCUGGCCUUAUCUUCAUCUCUCUCCCGCCCUUCUCUCUUCCCCCUUUUUUUCUGAUUCCAACAUCAUGGUUAAAUCGCGCAUUGAGCAAGGGCAAAGUUCUAGUUCUAAAAAGGAGUCGAAGGAUCCUGCUUGGCCGCAUGGAACAAGAGUUAAUCCUCCUAAUGGAAAAAGUGGUUAUGUGUAUGUCAAAUGCCAUCAUUGCAACAAAGUUAUCACUGGUGGUAUAAGCAGGUUAAAAGACCAUCUUGCUGGAACUCGUAAAAAUUCUGCGCCAUGUCCAAAGGUUUCUGAUCCAGUGAAGAAGGAAAUGUUAGCACUUCUAAAAUGUUAUGCAGAACAAAAACACAUUAAGCAGAAGUAUUUUGAUGAGAUGGUUGAUUCAGGAGCAUACUUUGGUGCUCCAAAUGAUGUUGUUUUAGGCACUGGACCAAACCCUCGUGGACCGAUGGAUCGUUUUCUUGGCCGUUGUGGAUUGACGUCUGAAGAUGGUUCAAACAAAGAAGGUGACGCCCUACCUUUGAAAAUGACUAAGGCUUCUGUGCGUGAACAACGCAAUUUAGUAUGUCAUGAUGUGGGAAGAUUUAUCUUUGAGAAUGCCAUAUCCUUCAAUGUUGCAAAUAGUCCAUCGUACUAUGCCAUGAUGCGUGCUGUUAGCAAUUACGGAGCAGGUUUUAAGCCCCCUUCUAUGCAUGAACUCCGUACAUGGAUAUUGAAAGCAGAGUACGAUGCAACCAAUGAUAUUGUGGAAGAAGUGAAAAAGACAUGGACACAUACUGGAGUGACUAUUAUGUCUGAUGGUUGGAGUGACACCAGAAAUAGAGGACUUAUAAAUAUCCUUGUCAAUAAUCAAUUUGGGACAAUAUUUUUAAGAUCGGUUGAUGCAUCAGAUAAAGUUAAAGAUGCAGACUAUUUGUUCCAAUUGCUAGAUGGUAUUGUUGAAGAAAUUGGGGAAGAAAUAGUUGUCCAAGUUGUGACAGAUAAUGCGAGCGCGUACAAGGCUGCUGGGAACUGCUAAUGCAGAAAAGAUCACACUUGUAUUGGACUCCUUGUGCUGCACACUGUAUUGAUCUCAUGUUGGAGAAGAUUGGAGAACUACCUCAACACAAACAUGCUCUGUUGAAAGCAAAGAAAGUGUGCACUUUCAUUUACAAUCGUGGAUGGGUUUUGCAACUAAUGAGGAAGGUUAUCAAGAAAGAUCUUGUUCGCCCAGGUAUCACAAGAUUUGCAACCGCGUAUUUGACCUUAGAGUGCAUUGGUAGCGCAAGAGAGGGCCUACAAAGAAUGUUUGUUUCAAAAGAGUGGACGGAGAGCAGGUUUGCGAAGCUGGCCGAAGGCAAAGAGGUGAAGAAAAUUGUCAUGGAUGAUAGAAAUUUUUGGCCGAGUGUUGCGUAUGCAGUCAAAAGUACAAAGCCUUUAGUGGAGGUGUUGAGAUUGGUUGAUGGAGAUGAACCUGCGAUGGGGUUCAUUUAUGGGGCUAUGGAUUCAGCAAAAGAGAAAAUUGCUGAAAAUUUAGGCAAUCAAUACUCUACUUACAG